AUGGCUCUGGUCCAAAAGUAUGGAAAACCUGAUCUUUUCCUUACGAUGACCUGCAAUCCAAAUUGGCCUGAAAUUAAAGCUGAGUUGCUACCUGGACAGUCACCACAUGAUCGUCCUGAUUUGCUAACAAGAAUAUUUGAUUCAAAAUUUGAUGAGAUAAAGACCGACAUUCUUACAAAACAUGUACUCAGAAAGGUUCUGGCAUAUGCAUAUGUUAUUGAGUACCAGAAAAGAGGCUUACCACAUGCCCACAUGGUCAUUAUUUUGGAUGAAAAUGAUAAGUUACGCACUCCUGAUGAUUAUGAUAACAUUAUCAGAGCUGAAAUUCCAGACAAGAGAUUAGAGCCUAGAUUAUACAGUGUAGUUUUGAAACACGUGAUACAUGGCCCAUGUGGAAUGUACAAUGAACGAUCCUCAUGUAUGACAAAUGGUCGUUGCAAAAAACGUUUCCCAAAGCCAUUUUCUUCAAUUACUACACUUGGAAACGAUUCAUAUCCUAUUUAUCGAAGAAGAGAAUGGGAGUCAGUUCCUGUAGAGAGUAAUCCAAGCGUCUUAGUGGAUAAUAGUUGGGUCAUUCCAUACAACCCAUGGUUGCUCUUGAAAUAUGAUUGUCAUAUCAAUCUUGAAAUUUGUAGUAGUAUUACAAGUGUGAAGUAUUUAUACAAAUAUGUUUAUAAAGGGCCUGACCGUGUUGCACUAGAAGUUCGUCAAGGUCCUAAUUAUGACGAAGUACAACAGUUCAUAGAUGGAAGAUGGGUUUGUGCUCCAGAAGCAUUGUGGAAAAUAUUCAAAUUCUCAAUGACCAAAAUGACUCAUAGCGUAGAACGCUUCCAAAUACACUUACCAAAUAAGCAGCAAGUGAGGUUUUAUACGUUCCAAGACAUCGCAAAUGUUUUAGGCGAUGAGUAUUAUUCCAGAACAAUGCUUACCCAAUUCUUUCAAUUAAAUGUUGAUGAUGAAACUGUAAAUCGAUCCUUAUAUCGAGAGAUAUUGCAACACUAUAGAUGGUGCAAUAGUGCAAAGAUUUGGCAGUUGAGAUUGAACCAUCAAAGGGUAAUUGGUAGAAUUUACACAGUUUCGCCAUCAGAAGGGGAGAGAUUUUACUUGAGAAUUUUACUCAAUCAUAUCCGAGGACCAAAAUCAUUCGAUCAUUUGUUAAUGGUUAAUAGAAUUGUGUACCCAACUUUUAAACAAGCAGCUGAACAUCAUGGUUUGUUAGAGCAUGAUGAUAGCAUACGACAAUGUUUGUUAGAAGCUGCAACCAUGCACAUGCCAUCAGCUUUAAGGAGAUUAUUAGUUACAAUUUUGGUUUACUGUGUGCCAACGGGGGUGCGAAGUUUGUGGGAUGAAAUUUAUCCUUACUUGAUUGAAGAUUACAUAUCUUCAAAACAGUAUGAAUAA